AUGGCAGUCUCAGAAUUGCGAGAUCUCAUCAGUCACCUCUCUUCGGCAGACUCUCUGCGCCCCGACUUUCUUGGUCGGCUCGGCUAUUUGUACUCGAAUAAGCUGUUUUACAACUACAAACUUGAUGACUUUAAGAUGGCAUUGGAAGUACAUCAAGAAUGUCUCAGCCUUGCAGGGGACAACGCCGUUGAACGAGCAAAUUGGCUACGUCAUCUUGGAUGCUCUAAGCUUGCCGCUUACCGAGUAUUCAAGGACGAAAAUGAUCUACAAGAAUCCAUCAAGUUACUCGAGCAAGCGAAAGAUCAAAACCUUCACGACAAGGAGGUUCUACCAGGCCUCGCUAGUGCCUACCGCUUCAAGUGCAUGAUUACGAGGGACAUCAAAGACAUUGACGAUGCCAUCGAGCGCUAUAUAAGCUCCCCUCUCCCGGAUGCCUACCGUAUCCGAUUUGAGCGCCAGAAGACGCGAGGCUGGCCAUAG